AUGUUUGUUACGCACUUUAUUAGUAACAAGCGCAGGGAGAAGACUACCGGCAAGCUGAUGUCCAUCAAGCAAGGGGAAUCUGAGAGCCUGAGGGACUAUGUAGGGCGCUUCAAUGCAGAAGCCGUCACCAUCCCCAGCCUACAGCAGGAGGUAACAGUCUUAGCCCUGAUGAGAGGUCUAAAAGAAGGAACUGCCUUUAGAAGCUACUUGGGCCGCAAAAAACUGACAAGCCUAAUAGAGGUCUUAGGCAAGGCAAACGACUUCAUCCGAGGAGAGGAGUUUGACAAGGCGGCAGCUGCUAAAAGGCCGGCAGGAGAUGAGAAAGAAAAAGAGAAAGAUUGCAAGGAAGACAAGUACCGGAAGGACAAAAAGUCGGAUACUUCCGGUAGGAGGGAGGAAAGUAAUACAGUAAAGAAGAGACAAGGAGGGCGACCUGACCGAUAUCGGAAUUACACCCCUCUGACAUUGUCUCGAGGUGAGAUAUACGAGCUUCACAAGAAAGACAACAAGUGA